AUGGCAGACCUGACUCCCCCUCCCUCGCAGAACAACACCCCUCUCCGCCCUUCGGAGCCCGUCGAGCCCACUUCACCCACCGCAUCACGCUCCGUCCCCGCCGCGGCCGCUUCGGGUUCCGCCGAGUCCUCCGCGGCCAGCCGACACACCGACCUCUCGGCCACUAUGGGCUCUGGCUCCGUCGAGGCUGGACCGGCGUUUGAGGUGGAUAUGGUGGAUGUGAGCGAGGGGGCGGAUCUGCAGUUCUCCUCGGAGGACGAGGGGAGCUCGGAUGAAGAGGGGGAAGGAAUGCAAGUUGAGGGAGAAGAAAUUGAGGGUGAUGAGUUGCCCGAGGGGGAUGGGGAGGGGGAGGUGGUCAUGGUGGAUAAAGACGGUGGGGAGGCGGGCGCAGAGGGCGAGAAGGGGGCAGGGGCAGAGGGUGGGGCGGAAGGCGCGACUGAAGGGGCCAAGACGGGUGCGAAGCGGAAAGCUAGAAGCGGGCGUGGAAAGAAGGAGAAGGGAAAGGGGAAAGCGCCUGCUACGCCUGGAGGAGCGAGAGGACCGAGGGGCGGCGGAGGAGCCAAGACCAAGAAGGAUGGAGAGCUCUAUGAGAGCGAGAUCGUCAGCCGCUGGAAUCACGACUUUGGAGAUGUCUGCCGUCCUGCCCCGCCUAGCAAGUCCGCGACCAAGGCGUAA